GGCCCUGAGGGCGGGCGCGAGGGCGCGUGGCCCGGAGCGCGCCCCGGGUGUCCCCGAGCUGGGUGGGACCCUCGCGGACGUGCCCCUCGCCUGUGUCAGCGGCAGACCCUGCUCCGAGCACCUCCAGCCGCGCCCCGCAGGAUGGUGAAUGACGACAUACAGAAGGUCCCCAGGGGAAAACGGACCACACCGCCCUUCGACCCUCGGUUCCCCAACCAGAACCAGACCCGUAACUGCUACCAGAACUUUCUGGAGUUCCACCGCUGCCUCAAGAACAUGAACCGCCGCGGCAAAAGCCCGCAGCCGUGCGAGUACUACUACCGCGUGUACCGCUCGCUGUGCCCCGUCAGCUGGGUGCAGCGCUGGGAGGAGCAGAUCAGGCAGGGGACCUUCGCCGGCAAAAUCUGAGCCCUCCCCGGCCCACCGCCCUGGCCUCUCUGACCCGCCACACCUUCUUCCCCAGUCUCUAAACUGCAAAUAGAGUUCUGUUGCGGCUGA